AUGGUUAUCAGAAUAUCGUGCGUUAUUAUAUUUGGUAGCGGCAUUCAUGAUGAGUGGCAGGAAACAUCUCAGAUUCUUCAAACUGUAUCAAGUUCUGCCUACAAUGUUGAGAAUACAAUGCAACUAUUUAAAUCUUUUGAACCAUCGUCAUCGCAGUUGUUGUUAAAGAGCAGUGUAAAUUCCAAUACUUUCGCUGAAACCAUAAAGUUUCCUAUAAGACUAGCACAAAUAUUCAGUUAUUUCCCUAUAUACAUCGGAAAACAAGACGAACCGUUGAAAUUUAAAUGGCUAUACUGGAGAAUGGGUUAUUCAUGUGUAUCUUUCCUACUCUUCGUAACAGAAUUCAUUUUUGUCGUUGUUGAGGCAUUUAAAAACAAACUAACGAUAAUAGACAUAAAAGUCGUUGUUUUUCACCUAGGAGCUGUCGUACAGUACAUAUUAUUCUUCAAACUGACCUACUGUUGGUCUAAAUUUAUAAAGGAAUGGAGCAAAGUGGAGUUACACAUGAGAAACUACGAAAUAAUAGAAAAUUUGAAGUUAAAAGUGGCCUGUUUGGCUAGUAGUAUUAUGUUUAUUGCAGGAGUGGAACAUGGUUUGGUCAAUGCUUAUAAAUUAAAAGAUUGUUUUGACAAGGAACCAACAGCUAGAGAGGCAUUUCAGACUUUUUUUACUUAUGCUUAUGAACAUAUUUUUCAUGUUAUAGGAUAUUCAUUUUGGUUAGGAAGCCUUAUACAAUUUCUAAAUUUACAAAGGACGUUUUAUUGGAGCUACACUGAUGUUUUUGUGAUGCUUAUGGGUUCAGCAUUGACCUACAGACUAAAACAGUUAUCACAGAAAAUAAAGGAGACAACAAAAAUUAGGGUGAAUGACAUGGUCGUUUGGAAAACUCUUAGAAAAGAUUACAUCCGCAUUUCAGAGCUCUGUUUCAUCGUCAACGAAAAACUAUCAGGAAUUAUAAUAGUUUGUUUCCUGAUGGACCUAUACUUCGUUUUAGUUCAAUUAUACGGUAGUUUGCGAAACAUGGAUAGCGUUAUAGAAAAAGUAUACUUCUUUUUGUCAUUUGGACUACUGCUGUUGAGGAUAUUUUGUAUGUGUAUAUAUGGAGGAGCAGUUUACGAGGAAUGGAAAAAUAUUAAAUUCCAUUUGAGUACCGUCAGUACGUCUGCGUACAAUGCGGAGAUGAGGUUCCUACAAUUUUACGGGAUAGGGAAAACUGAAGUUGAUGUGGCCCUUGUACAAGUAGAAAAAGCAUUAGCUGCCCUAAAUGAUGACUGUUCUAAUAUAGAAGAUGAUGGAGAUCCAGAUUAUGAAGAGACUGAUAUGUCAACAUCGGAUGACAAUGAAGUAGCAUUAGAAAAAGAAGAAAUUCCUCAAAAGAUUAAAAAGUGUAAAAACAAUAAACUAUCUGGAAGACUUGAAAAGUUAAACCUCUAA